UAUUGACAUUUGUGUUGAUUUUAGAGUCAAAACAAACUGUUCAUUGAAUUGUCAACAAAAUCGGCGGAUCUCUUGAAAUGAGUGCAAAACACAAGAACUGUGUGUCCAAUACAUCGGUCGAAAAGUUGGUCCGAAAGGCAGUCAAGUGUCUCAAGUAUGGACAGUACGGCUCCAGUUGUGGACACUUUUGUGUCGCCUUUAAAGUGUGUCUUAACUGUCAUUCACACGAAUCAUACAAAGAGUUGACCACAAAAUGGUUGUCCACAUUCUUGUAUGCCUUUGACCGACACAUCCAACACUUGGAGACCAAUGCUGACAAUCAGACUAUUAUGAAUGCCUUUUGUGAAGCCAUUGAAUCACUUCCUAAUUGUGAAGAUCUUCAUUAUAAUAAAGGCAUUUACUGUUAUAAAAAAGGCUUUUUGUCGAAAUCAGUUGAUUGCUUUGUCUCAUCAUUGGCUUUGAAUCCAAACUACAAUUUAUCGCAUUUAUGUCUUGAAAAUAUCAAGUCAUCAGCUAUUGCUCGAUGGCAUUACAUUAUGAUUAAUGAUAUCAAGAGGAAUACUAUCUUCAAGGAAGCCAUUCAUCUCGCCGUCCAAAAGGGUUAUAAUACUGUCUUAGAUAUAGGAACCGGAUCUGGACUUUUGAGUCUUUAUUCGGUAGAAGCGGGCGCUCGUGAGGUAUACGCCUGUGAAGUAUCUGAAAUGUUAUACCAUUUAUGUAAAGAUGUACUUAAAGUUAAUAGUAUUGAUGAUAAAGUGAUACUUUUUAAUGAAAUGUCCACAAACUUAACUAUUCCUCAAAUGAUUCCUAAACCCAUUCAUUUGGUCGUCACUGAGAUAUUUGACGCCGGAUUGUUUGGUGAACACGUAUUGUCCACAAUAUAUUCAGCUCAUAAAGAAAUCAUUGAUCCAAAUCACGGAAUGGUUGUCCCAAAUAAAGCUACAGUUUAUGGAGUUCUUAUAGAUAGCGAUGAGUUAAGAGAAUAUUUUACAGUUAAUCGCAAACAAUUCGGAAAUUUAUUAAUAUCUGAUAAUAUUAUCAUUGGAGUCGAUUUUAAUGAUAUGAAAUAUACAACAAUUAAUUUAACUAAAGUUAAAAACAAAAAGUUUUUGAGCAAACCGUUUCCUAUAAUUGAUAUUAAUUUUAAUGAUAUCAUUCAAAUUGAAAAGCUGUUAGAAAGUGAUUAUUCAUUCAAUAUAGAUGUUGAAUGUGUGUCUUCAGGUAAACUCGAUGCCAUAGCUGUUUGGUUUGAUUUGAAUCUAAUCGAUGAUUUACAUAUAUCAACCCAACCACCCACUGAAUUGAUUGGAUGGGAACAGGCUAUAUAUCCUAUUACUUAUAAACCACUGUUAUUGCAACCAAAUACACGAUUAGUAAUGAGCUUUACUUUAAAUGAAGAUUUUUUAAAAUUAAUUGAUUUCAAAAUUUUUGACAAUGAAAUCAAACCAAACAAAGAUUUGGAAAUUAUUUACUUGAACUCAGAUCUCGUUAAAUAUCUUAACGCUACCAUCUUUUAUGAGGCAUUUAUAAAAUCAUUGAAUUUAAUCAUUGAAAGCGAGAAUAUUAGUAAAAUUAUAGAUUUUAGUUAUUUUCCAGUUUCAAGUUUGCAUUGUAUUAAAAGUCAAUUAUUAUCACAAUUAGUAAUAGUAAACGAUGACAAUGAUAUUCAAGAUAAUAUAAAACAUAAACAUAUGACAAAUCAUUUAAUUCUCUUAGACUUUGUCGAGCCAUCAGGUCUUAUGAGAAGCAAUUUAUUAGAAAAAUUAGCUUAUCUUAGCAUAUAUUCAGUAAAGACACCAACAUUUAUGCCAUACAAAGUAACUAUCAAAGCAUUAUUGAUUCAAAGUGAAGACCUAAUUAUGAGAUCCAGACUUGUCAGCGAUCAUAAUGUCAAUGGCUAUCAGAUUAAAAAAUUUCUCAACAUUUUUGAGACUGAAAUAAUGCAAAACAUUGAUGUUUCAAAACUUGACUUUUUAAAGUUGAGCUCAAGUUUUGAAUUAUUAAAUAUUAAUUUUUGCGAUUUCUUUAAAUCAAAAUGUGAUAUAAAUACUGAGCCAAGCAAUGAAUGUAUAGUAGAUGUCAUUAAAGACGGAAAAUUUCAUGCAAUUCUUUAUUGGUAUGAAUUGUAUUUAACUAAUAAUAUUGUUAUUAAUACGUUGGAUAUGAGUCCCAACUGGUAUUCGGCCGCUUUCAUAGUCAAAGAACCCAUGAAUUUGAUAAAUAACAAUAAAAUUCAUAUUUCAUGUAUAUUUACUAAUGGAUUCUUGCGUUUUAAAGAUAUGAAUAUUGUUAAUGAUUAG